AGUGCAUGUAACCGUCUCGCCCGUGAGCAACCUGUGGGGAAACUUUCAAGCAAACUCGUCCUGCUCGGUGCAUCUGAGGACACGCGGUGCCCAAUGAAUGAGCGGCCACUCUGACGAUGCUGCCGAAGCGCUGCCGGUCGACACGCCCCCAGCGCGGAUACAACCAGCAGGAGCAGGCGCUCAGGAGACACACACACACACACACUCACUAUGCCGGAGUGUUUGAAGCCGCGAUGGGAGUUAACACAUCCAAGUUUGUAGAGUUCCUGUUUCCAGCGUCGUUGCACUAAACAAAGACUCUGCCUCUCUUCUUGUUUUUCUCCAUCUGAGGGGGUUUGUCUGCAUUUUUGUCCGAGGCGUCUCUCUCACAGGAUGUUGAUGAUACUGGAAAGCCGGGGUGAGAUCCUAAAGUCACUUCUCCUCUGACGAGAACCACCUCCUCUUCUCCACCACACAAAGGGAAACACGGAGCAAGUACUUUCCCCAACGCGCCAUCAUUUUCUUUUUUAUAUCACUGUUGUUGUUAUUGUUAUCUUGAAUGUCAUUCAGAAGCAGAGGGGGCUGUUUCAAAGACACGAUGGAUCACUUUGCUGCAGAGUGCCUUGUUUCCAUGUCCAGCCGUGCAAUCGUUCACGCUCCUAAAGGGAAUAGGGAGAUGAAACCAGAGAGCCCGUCCUCCUCCUCCAGGAGCGGGGAGGAGAUGAAGGAGCCCCUGGUGAGAGACAACUCCUCUCUGUUCGUGGUGGCGCGGAUCCUCGCGGAUUUUAACCAGCAGCAGACUCCCGGCAAUGUUGCCGAGCAGGCAAAAAUAAAGGAUGAGAGCAUGCCGAAGCUGCUAGAUGAGGAUGAUGAUGAUGAUGAUGAUGAUGGUGGUGGUGGUGGUGAGGAUGAUGGAAACUCUGCCACACCUACCACCAUCUCCGAUCCUUCGCUCAAACAAAGAGGCAAGAGAUCGAGAGGUCGAGCAGAGCAGGAGUCCCCCCAGAAAAAGCACAAAUGCCACUAUUCAGGUUGUGAAAAAGUUUAUGGCAAAUCCUCCCACCUCAAAGCUCAUCUAAGGACGCACACAGGAGAACGACCUUUCCCGUGUACCUGGCCAGACUGCAGUAAGAAGUUUGCUCGCUCCGACGAGCUGGCCCGUCAUUACCGCACCCACACGGGGGAGAAAAAGUUUGGAUGCCCACUCUGUGACAAGCGCUUCAUGCGCAGCGACCACCUGAUGAAGCACGCCCGGCGCCACUCAGAUUUCCAACCCGGCAUGCUGAAGAGGCCUCAUGGCGGUAGCGGCGGCAGCAGCAGCAUGCGUCCCAGCUCCCUCAGCGACUACAGCCGCUCAGAUGCCUCCAGCCCCACCCUCAGCCCCACCCUCAGCCCAGCCAACUCGCCUUAAACUGAAAACCAGUCGCACUUUCCGCCUCUAACCUGCGAGGCCUGUGUUUUCAUCAUAACACUUGUGUUGCACAGUUGUCUGCAACCCCCCCUUUGCUAUUCCUGCGCUUGCUGUGGUGUACCAUACUGUACAUAACUGCUUAUUGUAGUGCAAUUACUUGUGUGAUCCUAAAAGAAGGUAAUGCCUUUCCCAGAUGGCAAUAUUUACAUUCUGUACCAUAUGUCUGUAUUUUUUUAGCUUCUAAUGAUGGCUAGUUGUCCAAUAUACGUUCGCAGUCAGCUAAACAAAAACACAGACGCCCUGACAAGUCUUAUCAUGUUUGAUUUUCUUUGUUUUUUAAACCGGUGAGGAGAAGGGGUUUACACACACCUCAGGAUUGAAGACAGUUACUUUUUCUGGAAUACCACAGUACUGAACAGUACUCACAUUGACUGCACAAUAUACUCAUCACUUUACUCUGAAAUUCAACAGGGGUUGGAUUUAACGCCCUGCUCAGGGAUGGCCUUGUUAGCUUGAAAGAAUGAACACAGUAAAGAGAAUCAUACAGUACAUAUAUAGCAGCCUUACACUCAACACAACUUGCACUCUAUGGUUUUAUUUUUUUCUUUUGUCAGUUUUCACAUCCAAGGAAACUAGCCCUAUGGUCAUACGGUCAAUCAUACACAAAGCUCAUGCUCUGGACUCGCGUGUGUUCUGGGGAUUCAUAUGUGAUGUAAAUGCCGUGUAUUAAGAAAUCAAUAUCUCCAUACCCUCACCUCAGUAAACACAUCUGUCCACAGUCAGUUGCCGUAACACUGGGUUAAACAUGUUUUUAGCGUGCAGCGUGUACUGUGUAAAUCUGCACAGUGGGACGACUGGGAUUAUAGUGAACAGUUUUUAUACAUGCACUCAGUUGAAGAAACCUUUAAAUAGACACAGUUAAGUUUCAAAGCAGCUGUUCAUACGUUUUUUUCAAGCAAAAGUGCUGUGUCAUCAGCCAGUAUUUCACACAAAAUGGACACAGAGGGACUGUGGUUGAAACAAUAUUUAUCCCUCUCUCAAGCACAUAGGAAAAAGUACCAAAGACAAGAGUGAAAGAAAGCUUUCUACUCGGUCUUGUGAGCCGCCCUUCAUCGAGGCUUGGGGCUGGUGGUUGGCAGUAUCACAGGUAGAACCAGACAGCCUGCUCACUUCCCUCCUCCUGGCUCUGACUUUUUUGCGGCCUCCCUGAAGGAAACAGCUGCAUCCCACAAGAAGCUAUUCACAACCCGCAGGAGGAGUGCGAUCAUGCCAUUUUUCAGGGAGUCCCUCCUUCACUCAUCUGGCUCUACCUGUCCUGUCAGGGAGCGGAGAGGCUGCAAGCCUGCCAAAUUGCAUAAGUGCGCCUAAGUAGGAGGUCAACUGUAGGCCGGGGUGUUGGGCCGAGCCGGGCUGGGCUGCAACACAGUGGAGCGCAGACGGAACAAAGCAGCUAUCUGCAGUAGGCAGCGAAGAGAGGGCAGGUCCUGAUAAAAGAGGAGAGGUUUAUCAUGAGCUGAGCAGCACUGAGGAGGAGACACCCAGUUGCAGACAACCCCAUCUCCUCCUCCUCCUCCCUUCCUCCUCCAACUGUAGGAGAUGUGAGUGGAAAAAUGGCUGUAAUUAGUGGGUUGAUCCGACCUGUAAGAUAAGAGUAGAAAGAGAAGAAUAUGAACAACGGUGCUACCUAAACAAUGCCGGCAGUGUGGGUAGGAUGUACCCAGCUCCAUCCUAAGCACAGGUAGAAAUCCUCUGGUCCUCCUGAGGAGUCAGAUUUCACUAUGCCAAGAAAACGAUGCGCCAAAUUCCCACCAGUAAAACCGGAGCCGUCAAACAGCUGCUUUCAAACUUCUCUCUUUAGCAACAAGGGGGCUUUUAAACUGUUGUAAAAACAUCUGAACCAAAAUGAACAUAUCAGCAAAGUGCAGCGUUCGCCAGUCUCACGUUGUCCUGCCUGUGAAGCUCAGAUGUCCCCGUGAGAAAGCUCACUUGUGUUUUCUAGACGGACAUGCCUCAAUAAGUCGGGCAAAAGGCACAGUAAACCUUCCAUGCAAACAGGCACCACUAUCAAAACGGCUGCAGACCCGCCAGUCUGUGUUAUGCCUACAUUUUCUCUUAAUGCUUCAGCACUAUGGUCGCAAAUAGUUUCAUGCAUGUAGUGUGGUCCGGACUGCAGUCAUCGUGAAUCCUGUGCGUUCGCUUCAUCUUACCAUCUCAACCCUCACCCCUGCGGUCCGCUGUGUGCAUGUUAACAACUUCGCCCUGAAAGCGUGGAGGGUCUUUUUUGAGGCGGCGUGGCAGGUGUAAGCUAAUGAAUGGCAGGCCUUGUCCCUCACUCGCCAUAGUGGCCAUCUCCUCUUUAAAGUCGUAAAGAAUCAGCUCUGUCACAUCCGCCAGAAGGAAAAACCAUCCCUUAUUUUGACCGAAUGCAGUAGUUUACUCAACAACACCACAUGUUAGAACAAGAAAACUCUGUGAGAUGUUAAAUAAGGUUCCAGGCUGCAAGAUGACACUUUGAAUGCCACUAAUCAGUCGCUUCCAGUGAGGGAAGCACUGAGAGGGUUUUUACUUUUCACCAUUUCUGAAAAAAAACAAAAAUGACCUCGGAUUUUCACAAACAAUUUCUUCUAAUUGCUGUUGAGCAGCUUUUUGUGGUAUCUAGCCAUGGCUUUUGUUUUAUUAUAGCCAAUUUUUGACUUGAUUUGUAGUGUAACUUUCUCUUUGCGAAAAAAAUAACAAACAAAAAAACGUCUGAGUGGCUCAGCCCUUAAGCAGGUUUCAUGAAUCACUUCUUAAUCCAUACUCUGCACAUUUACCUCAGGGUCGACAUCCGCAGAGCAGACAGGGACAGUUUGUAGAUUUUGUCGUAACAUCCGUGGCUGCACAGAAAUGUCUCUGCCGGCCUUCCGCAGUGUUCCUGGGUUCUCAGUGCUCACUGCUGGUCAGUGUCCGACCACACUGGAAUCACAGGAAAGCCUCUUUACGGGCCCAGCUCCUGCCUAAUAUGUCUGCAUAACAUUCAACAGUCCUGCUAUAUGCCUCUUUAAGCACCGGGCAACGAUGAUGAAAUGCUCCUUUAAAGACCUUUGACCAUUAGCGCCGGUGGACGUGCUGUACAGUAUGCAACCGGAAGCUCAUACCAUGAGAAAAUAAACUGACUGCGACAGUGUAGACAUCCAUCCAUCCAUCCACCUAUCCAUCCAUCCAUCCAUACUGCACCAGUGACAUACAGGCCUCCACAGGCAGGGUGUCUCAUUGCUUUUAUUCUCACUGUACCAAAUCUACUUGAAUAACACAACACAAAAGGCCAUUGAACACAGUUUUGUACAUGUCCGUUUUUACUGUACUCGCAUAUGUUGUCAAAUAAUUCAUAACCUCUCUGGAGAAAGGUAUAUAGAGUAGUAUGUUCUUUUUUUUGAUGGUUUUUUUUUUGAUGAUUUUCCAUUGUCUUCAGGUCAUUUCAGCAAUUCCUUUAACUUUGUCACAGCAUUAAGGUUGACUGUUUUAUCGGGCUGUAACAGCAGCAUAUUUUUCUUGAAUACAGAAACACAACUUAAACCCUGUUUAACUGGGGUUCACCCCUUUAACCAGAUACACUUACUACUCUGUUGAUGUCAGGAUGCAGGUUGUUCCAGUGAGCCUGUUAUCCAAAGUUCCUCCACGUUGGAAACUGAAAGGGUCGUUGGGGGGAGUGAUUGGGGUCACGAUGAGAAACGGAAACUUCCUGACCUCUAUGUACGUUGAUUUCCCAAUGUAGUGACUUUUUCCUUGAUUACUUAGAUUCUUUUUUAAAGUUUUCCAUAAGAAUAGAGAGACCACAGCAUUGUGAGUUAGCAAUGUAGUCACGAUUUUUUAUUAUUAUUAUUAUUUUUUGUCUCAUGUAAGAAGUUUUAAGCUUGUAUGUUUUUCAAAAAUCAUACCUCUCGAAAUAUUCUACUAUUGUCGUACCUUCAUAUCUUUUCAAAGCAUCCAUCAUGUAGCUUAUAUUUGCUUGAUGAGUAGCACAAUUAACUGGUGGUUUUAUUUGUCCCUACUUGAAUAAGAAAGGAAAGAGAGACUUCUUUUGUAAACAAAAAACAAACAACAAAAAACACUGGGCUACAUUUUAUAUAAUCAUCCCAUGUUGUCAGGGUCCUGCACAUCCUUGUAGAUUCAAAAAGUAAUCUUUCUGGGAAAAAGUAUAACUAUGGUUUUUUAAUUAUUUUUUUUAACAGAAAUAUUUAAACCAUCCCUUCCCUACUGAGCUCCACAACUUUGUCUCGGUCUGAAUAUUUACUGUGAUUGGGAUGAUGUCAACUGUAUUGGUAUGAAACUCAAUUUCAGCAUUUGUUUUAAUCCAUCUUUAUGAUUGUAAUUGUAAUCCCAGUAAGAUUACAGAUUUCAACAUCUGUCAAAAACAACUUUAAACGUUGACAAAGUGGAAAUGUGAGGUUUCUACAAAAAUGUUAACGGCGUUUUCUUCUAAAUGUAAAAAUAAAAUACAUUAAAAGAGAAUUGAUUGUUGAUGAGUAUGUAAAGAACUAACAUUUAAUAUUAUUUAAGAAGUUGAUAUUAAUGACAUGAAUAUAUUCACUGAUGAGACCAUCUCAGCUGAAAUCUUGUUGACUGAUCACAAUACAAAAGCAUGAUUGAUGCAAUUGUGUGCCAAAACCAUAAUGGUAACUUCAUAAAGAUCAUACAAAUGUUAAGGAUAAAAAACAAGCAACUAGCUACUAUCAGACAUUUAACAAAGGUGUACAGUUUUAUAAAGUGUGACUUGGUUUUUUUUACGUUAUGUACAGGAUUUAAUGAAGCAACUCUGCAUAUUUGAUAUGCAAUUGUUCUAAGUUAAAUAUUUCUUUUUCUGCUUAAUGUAAACAUUUUUUUUUGACUGUGUAGAUUUGUUUUUAUUUGGUUCUUGUUAUUUAAUUUGUUUUCUUUUUUUUCUGCUGUACAAUACUCAAGCAAUGUAUAAUGGCUUAUUACAGGUAUUUUUUGACAUAAACAAUCUUAAUGAUAAUGAACGCCCAACCAUUCCAAAGGAUUGAAAACUUUGCAUUUGCUAUAAUGUGCUGCUUACAUUGACCUGAUGCAUCUUGGUAGGUUUUGAAUAGAAGUUCGUCUUGACUGUGAGGUUUUACCCAUUGUGAGUUGUGCACAAGGUACGUUUCUCAUUGUCAACAUUUCCCGGGUUUAAUCUCUCCUUUCCUCUCUGCGGGCUCCUUGUGCAGGCUUAAGCCAAUUCAAAUGAACACAACAUGCAAUAUUUUUAAAAAGUUCAGACAGAUCAUGUAAAGACAGAGCAUGUCUUCCCUCAUGGCAAAGGCCUGAGGCUUUUUAAGGUGGGAAUAAUGUUUAAUCGGCAGCCAUGAAAGAAAAGAGUGGUUCUUGACCGGUGCGAAGGAGCCUUUGGGUUCUCGCAGCUCGUCAGCGGCUCCACAGUUAAAAACUGUUACCAAAGGCUUUGAAGGGAAAGAUGAAUGUUGCAGUAACUUUGAACCCAGCCCAACAUGGACCCCUGGGUUCAACUUUACAUGCUGUAAGUGUUGAUCAAUGGAUGUUGUGCUUCAUAUGGACCUUUUUCUGCACCUCAACUUUCUUUAACUUGAAUGAACAAAACUCAUUUAAAUACAAGAGCAAACGAAUACUCAACGACUAAAAGACUAUUAACUAGAGACUGAGUGAGUAGGAACGUGCAGCGUGGCAGAUCAGCAGAGCACAUCCGUCAGUACCCUUCACUGACCGAGUGCUCUCGCUCGACUGCCACAGCUGACACUGUGCAGAAUUUGCUCUUGAAAAACAGGCUGACAAAAAGUCUUUUACUCGAGCGUUGGAUAUUUUAUGCCCUUAAAGGAUUUGUCUUGUUCUAAGUUCUGCAGCACACAGUGCUGUCAAUGACCUCCCUUUGUAAUUUGAUUACAAAGGGCCUGUUGGUUCCAAACCUGUUUGUCUUCAACGUACCUCCUUAGUGUAAUGUUGCUCUCUUGAUACCUCUGUGUGUUCCUCCUCUGCCCAUCACCAUCAGUUGCCUGUUGUAGUGACUCCAUGGUGCUGCUCUCCCUCUCAGCACCGAUAAAAUCUAAUCUGUAAAUAACUCUCGACUCAGCUAUGGCCAGUACAUCCACUUAUGACCUCACUCUAACCUUCAGGUGUCAUUUUUUUUGUUUUUGUUUUUUUCUCUCAGCAAACCAAAAUCAUGCAUUCAAGUAUUACAGUUGUACAGUUCCUUGGAUUCUACACACUUCUAAUGUGCUGGUCUUAGCUGCUCUGCUGUACCUUUUUAUGGCAUUAUUUUUUACAUGUUAGACAAUAUAUUGUGACCAUGUCCUAUGCAAAUAUGAAAAAUAACAGAUUGUUGAAUAAUGUAUGUUGUCAUAACUUGUAUGCAUGAAAUAGUGAAGUUUACAUUUGGAAAUAAAUUCAUAAAAUAAGCAGCUCAAAAA